AUGACGAAGUUUGGGAAGCAGGUCAUCACGAGACAAGAUAAGACGGUGAUUGGCGGCGCGGACGGCCGGAUCACGGUGUGGAAAGGGUGGGACUGCAGCGGAGGCAGGCUGUUCACCCGCGUCGUCCACGGCGACACGUCGACGCGGACGAAAAUUGACGGCGGGUGCGUCGACCUCGCGCGCGUGCCGGGGGAACUCCUCGCGAGCGUCGGCGUCGACGGGUCCGUCGCGAUCUCCGCCGUGAAAGGCCUGGAGGGCAGGUUCUUACACGUCGACGACGACGCACUCGGAGAGCUCCACGUCGACCUGGUCGGGGACGUCGCGCAGGACGCGCCUGACGACGCCUCCGAGCCGACGCUCGUCGCCGCCGCGGUGGCGGCGUCGAAAGGCGCCGCGAUGCACGCGGGCGACGGCGACGAGAAGAUCGCCUCCGCGAAGGCGAAGAUGCGAGCCAAGGUGGACGACCUGAAGAAGCGCCUGGAGGACACGAUCGCGCGGAACGCGGCGGCGGACGAGCUCGAACGCAUCCCGGGGGAUCAGCUCAUCGUGGACGCGGAGUUCCACGCGCGUCUCGUCGCGGAAGGGGACGAGCGCGUGGAGGAGGUUCGAACGACGCUCAUGGGGGAGAACCUGCGGAGGGAGUACGACGCGCACAGGAUCAAGUCGGAGUGCUGGGACACGAUGGCGACGCACGGGUGCGCGAUCUUGGGGUUCAAAGCUCCCGGUCUCGUCGUUCGAAACUAUCCGCUGAAGAAGGACGACGCGGCGACGAAGACCGCGUCGAAGGUGUCGUUCCUUCGUAAGAUCGAGGUCAUGGAGGAGCGGUUCUUGAAAGACUCCGGGUUGGACACGAGAUCUACGUUCGAUUUGAAAGGCACCGCGGAAGACGCGAAGACGACCGCGGGGGCGAACCCCGGCGCGGACGCCGACGCCGACGCCGACGCCGACGCGGGCGAACCGAGCGGCGAAGCGGACGGCGGCGACGGCGGCGAAGAACCGACGACGCCCGCGGCGCGGAUGUCAUCGUCCGUCGACGUCGCGGUCGCGAUGAAGAUGAAACUCCCAGAGAACCACGAGAACAUGCUGUACGACCCGUUCAAGCUGUACCCGCCGCGGCGGAAGAUCACGCAGAUGUUCCUCGCGCAACUCGCGGCGAGAGAGUCGAAGAGCGCGUUCAACGCCGAGUUCGAGGAGAUGCUCGAGGUGAAGCAAAAGUCCAUGGACAAGCUCGCGGAGUUAAACACGCGGAUCAAAGAAAUCAGAGGCGAGCUGAAGUCGCACACGAACGACACCGCGCCGCUGUUCGAGCCCGCGUGGACGACGGAGGAGCAGGAGGGCGCCGCGCUCGAGGUGAGGGACGACGAAAUUUCCGCGCCAAAGUAUCUCUCCCCGGCGGAGGAAGCGAAGCGCGCGAAAGAGGCAGAGGAGGAAGCCGCGCGCGCGCGCGCGAAGGGCGCGAACGACCCGACCGUGCGCGCGCUGAAGGACAUGAUGAACGGCCAGCUCGAAGCCCCGGACUCGGACGGGAUGGAGGAGCUCGUGAAGCCGGAGUUUUACGGCGUCGUCGCGAAAGAGGACUGGAGCGAGAUUCAAACGAAACGCGCGAAGGAGUACGAGCUCAAAGCGAAAGCGCUGAGAGAAGAGCUCGAGAAGCGCCGCAAAACCUUAGACACGGAGCUGAAGAAGACGCGCGAGGAGACCGAGGAGGUCAUCUCGAAGAUGGACGAGACCUUGACCGAAUUCAACGAAAAGCGCAACGGCGUGGAAGGGAAGCUCGCGCGGCUGGACUCGUACGUCGUCGCGUGCGCGUCCGAGGCUGAGCGCGCGCUCACCGACGACGAGGUCACGAAAGUCACGAUCUCGGAGACGUUAGAGAAUCUCGCGGCGCAGAAAGUCGAGAGCGCCGCGGUGGUGGCCGCGUUCUCCAAGCGCGUGGACGAGUGCCAGAAGCGGUACGAGGAAGUCGUCGCGGAGGAUAACAAGCUCACGCGCGUCUUUAAAUCCGCGUUCGCGGAGACGGAUCUCCUGUUCGACACGCUCUGGGGUUUGUACCGGCGCCGCAAAGCUCCCGCGCGCGGAGUCAAUGCGAACGGCACACCCGGCGGGAGCGCCGCGAAGAAGUCCCUCGCGAGGGCGAGCCUGCGCGCGGCAGCGAGGCGGCUCUCCCUCGCCGCGCACGCGAACCACUCGCCGCAGCGGUCGCCGCGGUCGUCGAUAAACUUGAAGACGCCCGCGAAGGAGUUCGCGCACGCGGGGUUCCAUCUCGCCGGCGGCGCGCUCGCGGGCAGGCGCGGCGAGGGCGACCACGCCGCGCAUAAGAUCGUCCGCGACGCGCAGCACGACCCCUUCAACGCCGCGUUCGGCGGGCCGGUGUCGAGCGGGAAGCCAAAGCCGCGGCUGCCGCCGGUGGAGCCGCUCGACCCGACGCUCGACGCCGUGGACGGCCUCGAUCAGGCGUGGUGGGACCGGCUCGUCGAUCACCGGGACCGUAAGAUCGCGAAAGAGGCUGAGCUCGCGGCGAUGCGCGCGACGCUCGAGGAGAUGCAGCGGUAUCUGUUCAAGAUAACCGAGGAAGACGCGGAGGUGCGGAGCGAAUUGGACGCGCUCCAGGCGGAGGCGAGGGCGUUCGCGAGACGCCGGUUCGAUCAGCUCUACGACCUCGCCGUGCCGCUCGUGAUGAAGCAAGGCCUCGUCGAGGCGAUCACCCCCG